AUUCCCUCAAAACCGCCGUCGCCGUCGCCGUCGUCGUCGUUCGCCCCCUCCUUCCCUGUCCAAGGCGACACCGAUGUCGUCUUCCUCGAGGACGACGUCGCUCUCGUCGAGGACGACGACCAAGACGCCCCUCCCCCCGAAGCCGCGCGGAGCGCAGGCAGGGAGCGCGCCGGCGGGGCCUGGCUUCUGGAUGUUUGCCGUCAACUCCGUGCCGCACGCGCCGGAUUCGGGCAACUUGAGAAGCCCGCUCACGCCUACGUCCGUAGGCAAGAGCGAGUCGUGCUGGAGGAGCGACUCCUUGGAGAGCGGCUCCCAGGCGCGCAGCGACGAGGAGCAGCACGGCGACGGCAAUGGCGUGAAGGUCUCCAUCAAGAACACGUUCUUGGACCUCCACGCGGAGGAGACACGGGACCACCCGCGGAGAUCCAGAUCGGUGCCGUCCAGAGCCGCGGACGUGGCCAUGAAAGAGGGGGCCGCGCCGAAGUGCGUGGCUGGCGAGGCCGCUGGAUGCGCCGAAGGUCGAUCCUUGCUUCCGUAUUCAGCGGGCUGCUCCGUGCGCGGCGGCGAGCGGGACGCGGCCUUGGCCUCAGACUUCGCCAGCCCUGGCCACGCGUGGUUGUGCGGG